CCACUGCAGACACGUCGCAGGACAAAUCGGCGAAAAACCUGAUUCUCUCCAGCUCCUUCGUGCGCGAUUGCUUAGUGGUACGCGGUCGAUGCAUCGAGGGCUUUGAGGGCAUACUAUAGUGACGAAGAAAAAGUGCUGCCUCAUCUCUGAAAGGACCUUCGCGUGCUCCUAAAGUGCUACCAUCGUGAAAACAGUGUGCAAUACCAGAGAUGACGACUAACCAGAAGUCAGAGAGGGUGGUUGACACCGUGCUCUUCCCACCGAGCCACAAGCUGACGGUGAGCGAGGUGUUCGACUCCCGCACGGGAAAGCCGCAGCCGGAAGUGCUGAAGCAGCACUUCAUCCUGGAGGGGCGCAUCGAGGAGGCUGCAGCGCUCCGCAUCAUCAAGGAGGGCGCGGAUCUGCUCAAGGCCGAAAAAACGAUGGUGGACAUUGAUGCCCCAGUAACGGUGUGUGGCGACAUCCACGGACAGUUCUACGAUCUGAUGAAGCUGUUCGAAGUGGGCGGACCGCCCUCCACAACUAAAUAUCUCUUCCUGGGCGACUACGUCGACCGCGGCUACUUCAGCAUCGAGUGCGUCCUAUACCUGUGGGCCCUCAAGAGCUGCUUCUCCACCUCUCUGCACCUCCUACGCGGCAAUCACGAGUGCCGCCAUCUCACGGAGUACUUCACGUUCAAGCAGGAGUGCAAGAUUAAAUACUCCGAGCGCGUCUACGACGCCUGCAUGGACGCAUUUGAUUGUCUGCCGCUGGCGGCCCUGAUGAAUCAGCAGUUCCUCUGCGUCCACGGCGGUCUGUCGCCCGAAAUCCACGAUCUUGAUGACAUCCGUAAGCUGGACCGCUUCAAGGAACCGCCUGCGUAUGGGCCCAUGUGCGAUCUGCUGUGGUCGGAUCCUCUGGAGGACUUCGGCAACGAGAAGAGUUGCGAGUUCUACUCCCACAACAGCGUUCGCGGCUGUUCGUACUUCUACAGCUACGCCGCCUGCUGUGACUUCCUGCAGAACAACAACUUGCUCAGCAUCAUCCGUGCGCACGAGGCACAGGAUGCCGGCUACAAGAUGUACAGGAAGAGUCAGACCACUGGCUUUCCCGCGCUCAUCACGAUAUUCUCAGCGCCCAACUAUCUCGAUGUGUACAACAACAAGGCCGCUGUUCUCAAGUACGAGAACAACGUGAUGAACAUUCGUCAGUUCAAUUGCUCACCUCAUCCGUACUGGCUGCCGAACUUUAUGGAUGUCUUCACAUGGUCGCUGCCGUUCGUGGGUGAGAAAGUCACCGAAAUGCUGGUGAAUGUCCUCAACAUCUGUUCCGACGACGAAUUGAUGCUGGACGGUGAUGAUGCCUUGGAAGAAGGCGAUGCGAAUCUCAGAAAGGAGGUAAUCCGCAACAAGAUCCGCGCCAUUGGCAAGAUGGCGCGUGUCUUCUCUGUGUUGAGGGAGGAAUCGGAGUCUGUGCUGCAGCUGAAGGGACUCACACCCACCGGAGCUUUACCACUAGGCGCCCUCUCGGGUGGCAAAACGUCUCUCAAGAACGCCUUGCAGGGUAAAAUCACGUCAUUCGCGGAGGCGAAGGGUCUGGAUGCCAUCAAUGAGCGAAUGCCGCCGCGCAAGGACGGACCGCCCACGCCAAGUCCCAGUCAGGAAGUGAAGCCACUACCAGAAAGCCAAAAGAUCAGCCACAGCGCAUCAUAAGCUGACUCCGCAUCGUUGUAGCGCCCCCUCGCAACAGCAAUAAAAGGGUGCAAUUUAUGCAAUUUACUUAUAUUUACAAUUAUGUUUGUGAUUUCGAUGGAUUUUGGGAAAGGCGAAUAAGAUGGGAAAGUCAUAUUCAGAAAAGAAUCUUAAUGAAAUCUAAAUGUAUUAACAUUAUAAGGAAUAAUUCACUUUGAUCUUAGAUGUUACGUGCAUAGAAAAAUAUUAUAUAUAUAUAUAUAUCAACAAUUGAAAUUCCAUGCUAAAUCUCUUGGGUGUCAUAUGAAAAAUACCUGAAAUCUUCACAAUGCAAUCCAUGAAACGCAUGAAACCCAUUUUUCCUACUAAUCACACACUCUAUUUUUACUAAAACAGGGAAAAUUAUCAAAUAAUUCCUCGAAAUGUGAAAAGUUUUCACUCAAAACCAAAAAGUUAAUUUUGAAUCGUAAACUAUUUAUAGUUCUAGUCCAAAUAUUAUUAUUGUAUAUUAGAAGAGAUAUAAAAUAAAUGAAUGUAAG